GCCGUGGCUCUGGCGGCCAUUGGCCUUGCUGGUGCACAGAACAGUAGCUGGAAUCAUAAUCUCUUCACUUCGAGUCCACCAGUGUAUCCAAGNCCCUUACACCUUCUUCUCCANGGCUCUUCCGGACCUUGUGUCGGCAACAUCGCUCCCAUCGAGCGUCUGGGCUUCGAUGCGUUACANGGACUCUGCUUGCAGGACGGCCCCUUGGCAAUUAGACAGGCAACUUAUGCUUCAGUAUUCCCUGCUGGAUUGACUACUGCAGCCUCGUGGGACAAAGGGCUCAUGUAUACCAGAGGAUUGUAUAUGGGUCAAGAGUUCAGAGGUAAGGGAGCUAAUGUUGCGCUUGGUCCAGUUGUUGGGCCANNCUUGGUCGCAAUGGCCGUGGUGGACGCAAUUGGGAAGGUAAAGUAUCCGCGUCAACACGAGAGACCUCGAACUGACCACUACAUNNAGGCUUCUCGCCCGAUCCCUUCCUCAGUGGUGUUGCUGUCGAGCAGACAAUCUGGGGCAUGCAAUCAACAGGAGUACAGGCUUGUGUCAAACACNUACAUCGGAAAUGAACAAGAGACUCAACGCAACCCAUCUACUCGCAAUGGAACUACUAUCGAAGCAGUCUCUUCGAAUAUCGAUGACCGUACUAUGCAUGAGCUCUAUUCCUGGCCAUUUGCUAAUGCAAUCCGGAGUGGUGUCGCUUCGGUGAUGUGUUCGUACAACAGAGUCAAUGGUUCAUACGGUUGCGCGAAUUCCAAAACGUUGAACGGCAUCCUCAAAGAAGAGUUUGGGUUCCAGGGCUAUGUCAUGAGUGAUUGGGGUGCUACCCACAGUGGAGUCGCAUCAAUCGAAGCGGGUCUUGACAUGGAUAUGCCUGGUACAAUUGGAUUCUUUGGAACAACCAAUAGCUACUUUGGCGGUAAUAUCACCACCGCUAUCAACAAUGGCUCUCUCUCCGAGGCUCGUCUUGACGACAUGAUCAAGCGCAUCAUGACACCAUACUUCCAUCUCAAGCAGAACACCGACUAUCCCCCCAUUGAUCCAAGCAGCAGUAUUGGAGGCUUCUUCAGUGUUCUCCCCUCGACUGUCCAGUUCCCUCUUGGAUCAGUUGCCAACGUCGAUGUUCGUGCAAAUCAUGCUACAUUGAUCAGAGAACUUGGGUCUGCUGGAACUGUUCUCUUGAAGAAUGUCAACAAUGCUUUGCCAUUGAAAGCGCCGAAGAACAUCGCAGUGCUAGGCAAUGAUGCAGGGGAUCUGAUCAAUGGCGAAUACUUUAGUAGUGCUCCCUACCAGCAGAACCCACUUGGCUAUGAGUAUGGCACGCUUCCGGUCGGGGGCGGGUCCGGCACAGGUCGCAUGUCUUACCUUGUUGAUCCACUCACUGCCAUCAAAGCCCGAGCUGCACAGGAUGGUAGUCUUGUACAGUGGAUUCUCAACAACACGUUGCUAUCAACACCUAGAGGCCUGGCAAGUCUUGCACCUUCGCCACCUGAUGUUUGCCUUGUCUUCUUGAAGACUUGGGCUCAAGAAGGCAUUGAUCGAAGCACGCUCCUAGCAGACUGGAACAGCACUGCAGUCGUUGAAUCAGUGGCCAGUGUCUGCAACAACACCAUCAUUGUCACUCAUUCUGGCGGAUUGAACGUCAUGCCUUGGGCCGAUAACCCUAAUGUCACUGCUAUCCUAGCAGCACACCUUCCAGGUACUGAAACUGGUAACUCUUUGGUGGAUGUCCUCUAUGGCGAUGUGAAUCCCAGUGGUAAACUGCCUUACACUAUUGCCAAGACUCAAGACGACUACUCCUUUGCCGAUAUUACCAACAGUACUGCUCUGGCAACCACCACAAAUCCAAAUGCUUGGCAAUCAGACUUUAAGGAAGGUCUGUUGAUUGACUACCGUCAUUUCGACUACUACAAUCAAAGCGUCCAGUACGAGUUUGGAUUUGGUCUUUCGUAUUCGACUUUCGAGAUCUCGUCACUGAGCGUCAGCGAUGUCUACGGUGGCUCUAACAUCACCAGCACUCCUCCCCCUGCCAAGAUCAUCCCUGGUGGCAACCCUACUCUCUGGGAUGUCCUUUACCGAGCCACAGUGACCGUCUCAAACACAGGUGAUGUUGCCGGUGCUACAGUCCCGCAGCUGUAUUUGUCACUUCCUCAAGUCCCUGGCGAGGACCCCACACCGCUGCAUGUGCUCCGUGGGUUCGAGAAGGUCAGCCUCCAGCCAGGGCAGAGCACAGUAGUCAACUUCGAUCUCACCAGACGCGAUCUCAGCUACUGGAGCGUGUUCCAACAAGAGUGGGUCAUCGCAGAAGGAGAGAUUGGAGUUUCGGUUGGCUUGAGCAGCAGAGAUUUCAAGGCGACCUCUACGUUCAGGGUUUUGUAA